ACACCUCCCCCGUCAGCUGGGUCUAGCAGCCGGCCCGGCGGACCGACCCCGCACCUGGCAGGGCCGCGGAGUCCGGCCGGCCGACCGGCCAGUCCGACCCAAGGCGCCGUGUGGUGAGGUGCCGCGAUAUGUGGUACAGAGAGGGAACCCACCGGGGCGGGUCAUGGUGGUGGUGAGGGAGGAGUGAGGGAGGAGCAGGGGAAGAGGUGGUUGGUGAAGUGCAAGAAGUGGAGACUAGCAGAAACAUGAGGACGUUUCCGGUCACUGUGGCGCUGCUUCUAUCGCUGGCGAUAUAUCCGUCAGCACCGGCCUCCAACACCGACCUCAGCCAGGGCAACCUAGAGGUCGAGAGCGAUGACCCAGGUGACCUGGAGGUCAGUUUCGGCGAGCCCACUGCAGGACAGGAGAGACUCUUACGAGCCGCCUCAGCUAGUCAGAAGAAGCUGCAGCCGAAGCACGUGCUGCCCAUCAACAAACAAGUGUCCGCCUUCCUCCCGGCCGGCACAUACAAGAGGUUUUUGUAUCGUCAGAGUCGGGACGGAGUGGCCAUUUCGCUAGUGGUGACGCCGUGCUCCGCCUCUCUGAGAGGGCAGAUCACAUUUCAGCCGGAUAAAAUCAGAGAGGGCGGUAAGCGGGAAGUGCUGCGGACAAUCAACGGCCCGGACCAGGUCAUCUACUCGGCGCGGCGCGGCCUGACGGGCGACUACGACGUCAACAUCUCGUCCAGCGCUGACACCUACGUCCACUUUCUGGCAACGGAUGAGGACCUGGCCGGGCUCGGCAGCCUGCGUACCAAGGUACAGGUGCGCAGUCGCAGCAAGAGUCGCGCGGAGAUCAGCUGGUCGCCCGGCUCACACGGAGGCCAGGCGCUCAGCUACUGUCUCAUCACAUCACCGACGCAGCACUUCAGUUCUGUGUGCGGUGGUCUGAGCGCCAAGUUCGGCCUGCAGCCGCCGGAGAGCGGAGCGGCUCGCCGGAGACGGCAGCAGGGGGCGUCACCGCCGCGCCGCCAGGGACCCGAGCCCAACGACAGCAUCACGGUCGGCUGCGUGGGAAAGACGACCGUGUACACGCUGUACGACCUGCUGCCCGGCCGGAAGUACUUUGUGACCGUGUUCGGACAGUACGCCAACCGGAGCGUCAGCUUCCAGUACGGCACGGCUGAGUUCAGGUACCAGGACCGCUCGGAGCGCACCUCAAUGCGGAUCCGGCAAAACCGUGUGACCAAGCUGCGCCUGUCCCCGUGGCGACCGUUCAGAAUUCUGGAGCUGCGCGUACCGGCCAAGUACGAGCGACUACACUACUUCGUGGUGCCGUGCGGCGGCCCGCUCUCGCUGCAAGUGAACCGCACCUACAACAGUCCCGGGGUCUCGGACGAAUCGGUCCGAAUUCAGGAGGUCAACAUCAGCAGCGACGUGCUGAUCCGGAGCGACCUCAACAGCAGCCGCCUGACGGUCGGUAACGUCAGGUACCAGUUCAACCUGACGGCACCAGGCGGCGCCACCACCGUCGAGUUCCAGGCCACUUGGAGGCGCGGUCGACUGCGCGUGGCCUCCCUGCCGGGCCGGCCGCGGGUGCGGGCCGCAGGACCGCGCCGGAGGGCUCGGCUCGGCCUCAACUGCUCUCAGCUGGCCCUGCGUAUGCCUCGGGCGCGGGGCCGGCGGCUCGAAUACUGCGUGCUGUUGGAGCUGGACACGACGGGCCGGACCGGCCGGCGCUUCAAGGCGCCCUCAGCGUGCGGUCUCGAACUGCGGCACGCGCACCAUCCGGCCAACAUGACCCGCUGCGGCUCCAGCAAACAGCUGCGCAGGAGGAAGCGCGUGGAGGUGAUCUUUGACGACCUGACCCCGGGUCAGAGUUACGUGGUGCGCGCCAUGGUUCGUCCAGAUAAGGGCCGGUUCAUCCCGUACAGCCUGAGUCAGGUGACGCUGCCGCCGUGUUCAGACGAGGUGCCGAACGAGUUGACGGAGGACAACAUCGCUGGCCUGCAGCCAAUCGGAGCGCAGGGAUCCGGCACCAGGACGAGCGCUGAACAGACGGGCUCGUCGCGGCCGGCCUCGGCCGACUCCCGCGCCGAAGCGGCGGAGGAGACCAAUAAUGAGCUCACUGACUGGACUCCGUGACCGGUGCAGCAAGGGCGGCACUGCUCGGAGUUCCCACGUACUGGAGCAAUGUGAGACAUACUCCGAGACGAGCAGGUCGAAGGCAGUGGAUCCUGUUCGAGGGUCGAGAGUGUUGAGUAAUGUACAUAUAUCUGAUCAAACCGAGGGCCUUUUCUAGCCUGUUACACAGAUCGCGAGCCAGCGAUUAGUAAGUAGGUACCGUAGCCAUAUAGUAACUACUGUAUUGUGGAUUCAAAUGAGAUGCGUUAACUGCUAACUCGUCUUGAAUAGAUGAAGAAUUUCUUCUCCAGAAAAUGUUGAGCGUCUUAGCAAUGUCCCGUAGCGCCUGUAAACAUGUCAUUGUACCAUUUGUAUAAUGAACUCAUUUUCUUAAUAAAGACGGCAAAACUCAACGAGACAUCUUUAUAAGCUUUUGACAUGAGUAGUACCUAAGACUGAUCGCCAUGCUCUCGUGACAAUACUACAAAGCUAUGUACUCAACUACAUUCAAUUAAUUUCGACUUCACCACCAUAAAAUAUGCAUAAGAGCGACUGGAGCAUCUCGGUGACGCAGAACCAUGUGCUCAGCACCAAUCAGCGGUGCUCUGUUCUGAGCACCGGAGCACGUGCUCGGGAACCGGAGCACAGUGCUUGGUGCACCGGAGCACGGCUCUCUUCGCUGAAGACGCUGGAGCUCGGUGGAUUGAAAACGUUCAUGCACUCAAAACUUUUUUACUACCUCCUGGAGAGUUCAUUUUCAUCAAACCCGCAAGAUAAUAGUAUAUUGAAAGGGUAACUCGCUGCUACCAUUAUGUGCAUAGUAACGGUACGUGGUAAAUAUGAACUUAUUCGCCAGCGAAGAGUAUUAUUACCAUGUAAAUAUCAAUAUUACUCUCGCGAUCCAGAACAUCACGAAAACUCUUUCCUCCUGGGUAUCGUGACUCGGGUACAGAUAGUCGUUUCAUGCGUGGAUCUUGUUUACCCUCGUGAAGAUGAUAUUUGAAAUGGAAACAAUCAGCCAAUCAGAAACGAGAUCGGCCGUUUGCGGUUUGAAGGCCGCGCGCAUCUGUCAGUUUUCGGCCGUUGGUCUCCGAGAGCGGAUGUGAGCAGUGUCGGUGCCGCGCGGCGUGGCCGUUGGUGAUUGUGCUUGUGUGUUGUUCAUCGCCUAUAGAGCCUCUGUGGACAUUUUAUUGUAAGUACCUAUGUGCUAGAGCAUUGCGUGCCGUUGAGUGGUGCUAAUUUGACCUGGUUAACAGGACCCCGUGCACGGCCACGUGGCCUAGUGUUGUGAGUACGUACAUUAAUUUUGUUGUGAUGCUACAAGUUUAUGCAUUUUGUUGGUGACUUUGAAAAAGCCUUGCACUGUAGUGAUCCAGUCUCAUUAUCUCACGCAGACGGGCGACCACCCAGGAACGCCGUCGCUCACUUCAAAUAUUGUGCGCUCUGCCUAAUCCAAUAUGAGGGCGCUGAAUGUCUUGUAUUCAUAUUCAAAUUGCAUUCAAGUUGUAUCGUGCAGUGUUUAUUUACCGCUUGUGCAUUGCUGAACGCUUUGUAUAAAUUUGUAUGAAUAAGUGAAGAGUCUCACAAUGUUCAUGGUUGGUGUGCCCCUCGUAUUGUUUGUACGGAAGCCAAAUAUACCUACAUUGUUGCUCUUGAAA